GAAGAGGAGUUCAAAUGCUCCUGAAGGAAGAAUUUGCACUCUGUUCUGAAGCAGUUGCAGGAUAAUAUUGAAGGAAGCAUCCCGCAGGUUUACACUUCCCAGUGGAAUGGCGGAUGGCUCCACCAAGCAAGAGAACUUUGUGUUGGGAAGCUCCAGCACAGAUCAAGUAAAGGGAGUUCUGACACUACAAGGGGACACCCUCUGCCAGGCUGAAGUCAAUUUAAAAGUCUUGAGGACCAAUCAGCUUCUUCACUUUGCCUUCCGGGAGGACAAGCAAUGGAAGAUGCAGCAGAUUCAGGAUGCCAGAAACCAUGUGAAUCAGGCAAUUUAUCUGCUCACCAACCGGGGUGAGAAUUACACCUUCCAGACCGGGUCUGAAGUACUGAAGCUGAUGGAUGCUGUGAUGCUACAGUUAACCCGAGCCCGCAAUCGCCUCACAACCCCGGCGACCAUGACACUCCCAGAAGUCACUACUAGUGGACUAACGAAAAUGUUUACCCCAGCGCUUCCACCCGACAUUCUCCUGAAUUUCUAUGUUAAUGUCAACAAGUUGUGUCUGCUGGUUUAUCAGCUCCACGCCCUGCAACCAAACUCUACUAAGAAUUUCCGUCCCGCUGGCAGUUCUGUCCUGCAUAACCCAGGAGCAAUGUUUGAGCUGAACAACCAGCGAUUUGAAAUCAGUCACGUCCAUAAAGUGGAGUGCGUGGUGCCGUGGCUCAAUGACGCGCUGGUAUUCUUCACCGUGUCGCUGCAGCUCUGCCAGCAACUGAAAGACAAGAUUUCCAUAUUUUCCAGUUACUGGAAUUUCAGACCAUAUUAA